AGAUAUUUCAAAUAUUUCCUACGCCUUCUUUCUUUUUUCGAGAAUUUCUGAAUCUUCACGUGAAAUUCCAGCCUCAAGAUGAAACUUAACAGAAAUGUCUCAUCGUCACGCCGUAAGAAUCGUGCCCGACAUUUCACGGCACCAUCGCAUAUUCGUCGCAAGCUAAUGUCAUCGCCAUUAAGUAAAGAAUUGCGUCAAAAGUACAACGUUCGUUCCAUGCCUAUCCGUAAAGACGAUGAAGUUCAAGUUGUUCGCGGUCAUUAUAAAGGCAACCAAGUUGGAAAAGUUGUGCAAGUUUAUCGCAAAAAGUUUGUGGUAUAUAUUGAAAGAAUACAACGUGAAAAAGCCAACGGUACAAAUGUCUAUGUCGGCAUGCACCCUUCUAAGCUUCUGAUUGUCAAACUUAAGAUGGACAAAGAUCGCAAGAGAAUUUUGGAUCGUCGUGCAAAGGGACGUUUGGCUGCACUUGGCAAAGAUAAGGGCAAAUACACUGAAGAAACUACUGCCCCUAUGGAAGUGUCAUCAUCUUCGUUUAGAACGUCUACCUUUAAGUCUGGGAACUCAUCACGAAAUGCUGUGAAGAUAAUGUCAUCAAAUGGGGAAAUAAAUAGUGAAGCAAAUGCACGUCGAAUACAGAUGGUCGAGAGUUGUUUUGGAAGUUCCGGAGAACAGUUGCUCAUUCCUGGCCGUGUUCUUGUCGGUGAAGGAGUUCUCACAAAGAUGUGCCGCAAGCGACCAAAACCCCGUCAAUUUUUCCUCUUCAAUGAUAUUUUGGUAUACGGUAACAUAAUAAUUGGAAAGAAAAAAUACAAUAAGCAACACAUUAUCCCACUGGAAGAAGUUCAGCUACAAGGACUUGACGAUACGCCACACACACGCAAUGGAUGGUUGAUAAGGACAACAGCUAAAUCAUUUGCAGUUUAUGCUGCGACAAGUACAGAGAAACAAGAAUGGAUGGCUCAUAUAAAUAAGUGUAUAGAAGAUUUGCUACGGAAAAGUGGUAAGAAACGUUCAGAUCAACAUGCUGCUGUUUGGGUGCCUGAUAAUGAAGCAAGUGUUUGCAUGUGUUGUAAAAAAACACAAUUCACAAUGAUCAUACGUAGACAUCACUGUAGAAAUUGCGGAGCAGUUGUUUGUGGUCCAUGUUCCCCGAAAAAGUUCUUAUUACCGUCCGGCUCUAAGCCUCAACGAGUUUGUUUGGAUUGUUAUGAUCUUCUCAGCUCGAUGAACAAUCAACAGAACAAAGCAAAUGCAAACACUUCGCAAUCAAAAGCUACAAAUUCUGCCGGUAGUGAAUCAUCGGAUGACGAUGAACAAGACCCAAACAAAACACAUGAAGAGAUUCUAAAACCGAGUUACAAAUUUUGGGCAAAAAAAUUGAAGAUAUACAUUGAGAAUUGCUUUACAAUGCGUGCUGUAGUGCUCCUGCUGAUAUUGUUUGUCCAGUCAUUAUCUGGGUGGAAUUUAAAUUCUAAUGCACACAGAGACAAAGGCGCCAAUGUAAAUUUUAAUAGAAAAACUUUUGCAUCUGAAGAGAUUGAUGAGGAUUCUGACCUACAAAAUGAUUAUUCUAACUCCAGAACAUCAAACUCAUUUCCACCACUAACAAAAACACAAUAUUUUUACAAAACCCAUCAAAGUGCAACUGUUUCUAUUCCACAUCAUCGAAAUCGAAACAGAAUUUCCGUAGGACCAGAUGAAAACGAGACAAAAUCAUAUGUCACUAAGGUCGAUACGAUUCCACUUGAUUCUCGAAAAAAUCAGAAAAAUCUCCGGGAUGAAGAUAAAAACCAAAUGAAGCCAUUUUUUCGAUCAGGAAAAUUUUGUAUUAAAUGCCCUCCUGAAAAAAUUCUUAUCGCAAAACGUGGCCUCGAUGGAGUCUUAAUUGAAACUCCAGCACUAACAACUUGUAGUGAUAAACCCGUUUUGAAAUCUCUUUUCGAACUGGAAACCCUUUUCAGCAAAAAACAUCAUUUCAUUUUACCUCGCGGAUCACAUACCUUCAUUGGACAAAUUAUUAACAAAAAGGAUGAUACAGUUGAACAUGUUUGUAAUUUGAAAUAUAAAAUAAUUGUGAGAAAUUGUGGACCGUACAUUGUUAAAAAUGAAGAUGUAAAAGUGAAAUGUGAUUUAACUGAUAUAUGGGGAUCGACGUGUACAUUUUCUUGCAAAAAUAAUGGAGUUUUGAGUCAUCUUGAGCCAAUGGUUUGCAACGAUAAUUUGAAAUGGCAAGGUGUUGAACCAGAUUGCAUUGUAAAGCACAAGGACUACUAUCGACAAAUUGAAGGUGCUAUUACUAGAUGCCAAUUACCUUCAGCUCCUGAGCAUGGUAAAUUCUCUUGUAAAGUUGAUCGUGAGCUGAUAAAAGAAGUGGAAAACGAACUUUACAUCCCCGAAUUAACAGUCUGUCGGGUCAAAUGUGCAAGAUCUUAUGAAAUCCAUGAUAACCUUGAACGUUAUGCAACAUUUCAAUGUCGCAAUGGUCGUUGGAAUCACACACAUCAUUUUAAUUUAUGCUCGAAAGUUCAAUCUAAACGCAUUGGUUAAAGAAAAGAUUCCUCAAAAUGUAAUUAAUUCCAUCUGUAACACUACUUACCAAAAAGUAUUUAUUUUUCUAUAUCUUCAAAUUAUUAUCGUGGAAUUAAAGAACAUUGACCAAUAUAAUUAAUGAGAUUAAUCGAUGAAAGGAAUGAUUUCUGUAUGUUGUAACUUGCAAAUAAUGACAAUAACACUCAACACGCCAAACGAACUAUGUGGCGAAUGCAAUAAAA